CUUUGUCAAACUCAUUAUUAUUUUAAUAAUUAAAUAUUUCUCUCUCGCACACACAGUACACGACAGUUAUGCUCCAAAAUCUCGAUCCCGCAUUUAUGUAUAGAAAUAUAUUGAUAAUAUUCGUAAGUAUAUAUUAGCCGUGCUAGCAACGGUCAUAUGAUCCUUCUCCCCCUCUCUCUCUCUAACCACUCAUUAAGGCCACUUGGUUUUCUCUCUCUAAACAAUAUAGCUCACUCCUAAUUUCAGUUCCCCUCUCUCUCUACACGCGAACGAAAUCAUAUCGGAGAGGCAAGGUUUCGACGAUAAAUCAUUUUUUUCUUCACGAAAUUAGGGUUCAAUAAGUGCAAGAAUUGAGUCGACGAUGUGAAAUGGUAACCGCCGUUGCGUCCACUCCGAAGCAGCGGCCGUCGCAGAAUCCGAAGCGGCCGCCGUUGCUGCCGUCCGACUCCGACAAUGCGCCCACGCGCCGCCCCAGAGCUCGCGAGGUCACCUCCCGGUACUUGUCCCUCUCGACGUCCUCUUCCUCUUCCAAUUCUUCGGCGUCGACCAAUACGACGUCGUCCUCCGUCACCUCCGGAUCGUCAAUUUCGUCGAGGAGGUCUCAGUCUCCCAUGCUCGGCGGCAGAGCCACCGCCAUCGCCACUCCGAAGACUCAACAACGGGCGAUUUCUGCUGAGAGACGUCGUCCGCUGGCCGCAACGGCGACGCCGACCAAUGCGGAGAAAAUGUUGGUGAAAUCGGUGCGGAGUUUAUCAGUGUCGUUUCAGGGGCAAUCGUAUUCCCUGCCGGUGAGUAAGGUGAAGCCGCCUCCGGCGGCGGUGGGAACUCCGGGGGUUUCUAGGAAGGGAACGCCGGAGAGGCGGAAAGCAGGUGUCACUCCUGUGAGAGAUCGAACAGUGAAGGAUAGAGACACCCCGAGGCCGAUCGAGCAGCAACAACAUCUUUGGCCUGGUAGAUUACGCAGCGAGAAUCCGAGUUUACUGAGUCGAAGCUUGGAUUACGGUACAGACAGAGCGAAAUGGAACCGAUCCAGCCCUGCUAUUUCGGGAUUGAGAAAAUCUGUGAAUUCUGAAUUGAAGCUUGAGGAUAGAGAAACGGAGGAUCCAGCGGUUAGCGACGACGGUCGAUCGGGAUUAGGAGGUUCGUUGAAUUCGGAUGUUGAGAGUGUCUCUUCUGAAGGCACCGCGUCAGGAAAUGCGACUCAAUUGAGAGGAGGGCCGCGUGGGAUGAUUGUACCAGCAAGAUUUUGGCAAGACGCUAGCAACCGAGUUCAGAAAGUACUAGAUCCUGCUUCACCCUUAUCAAACAGUGCGUCGAACAGAAUAACUAGCUCAAAGAAGUUUCAAAACGAUAGUCCUGUAUCGUCACCGCGGGAAGUUUGUUCGACAAGGGGUCCUUCGCCUCUUCGAGGGGGUAGCAGAGCAGCUUCACCGAGCAGGGCCAUGACUUCGGGAAGCGGUGCUCUGUUGAGGGGCAUGGCUAGUCCAAUAAGAGCUAGAAAUGGCAUAGGGAGUAUGAUGAAUGACAAUAACAUGUGUAGUACGCCGUCCUUGAUAAGCUUUCCCAUUGAAUUGAGGAGAGGAAAGUUGGGAGAAAGUCGAAUAGCUGAUGCGCAUGACUUGAGGAUGCUGUAUAACCGGCUGUUGCAGUGGCGAUUAACUAAUGCAAAGGUAGAGGAUACCCUUUUGGUGCAAAAACAUGCAGCGGAGAGAAACCUCUACAAUGCAUGGGUGAACACUUCAAAAUUGCGGCACUCUGUUAGGUCCAAGAGGAUUGAACUGCAAGCAUUGAGGCUCAAUCUGAAGCUUUAUUCUAUAUUAAAGGAACAAGAGCCACAUUUGGAGAGGUGGGGUCUGCUAGAUAGAGAUUACUGGAAUUCAGUUUCUGGUGCUAUAAAAGCAUUAGAGGCUAGCACUGUCCGUCUUCCUAUUGUUGACGGUGCGAGGGCUGAUGUUCAUAAGGUUCAAGAAGCAAUAUAUUCAGCUGUCGACGUAAUGCAAGCAAUGGAAUCUUCAAUAUACUCUUUGCAAUUGAAGGUGGAGCGGAUGAACUCAGUGACAACGGAGCUUUCCAAGUUAAGCGCAAGAGAGCAUGGUUUGGUAGAGCAAUGCAGAGAUUUGUUCUCAACAACAUUCGUACCCUUACAGGUCAUAAAUUGGAGCUUAAAAAUCCAAGUAUUGCAGCUUCAUAGCUCAGAAGAAAGAAAGCCUAGCUAACAUUCUCAUCUCCAUUUACGGCUAACAUUCAACAGGAAGAUGGUAGGUCGAAUAGUAUCUUUCCAUAUAUGUCUCAUUAUUUGAAGCCAAAAGAUGAUAGGAGUUCCUAAUUUCGGUUGCUUGUAAAACUUACUCCUCUUCAUUCCCCCAUCAAAUAUAUAUAUAUAUAUGUGAAUAUGCAUGUUUCACUAAA